AUGCCCUCAGAACUACAUGGCAUCAAGGCCGCCGACAUCCAUGCCAAAAUCCGGUUGUUGAUCGAUGGCAUGGUCAACAUCAAGGACACGACCGGAGAAUUCCUGCUAAAACUCGAAGACGGGCGAGUAAUCGACACCAAGGGUUGGAACGACUGGGAGUGGACGCACGGCAUUGGUCUUUAUGGCAUCUGGCAAUAUUACCAACUCACCGGAGAUGAGUCGUGUCUCAAGAUCAUCGAGGACUGGUUCCGCGACCGGUUCGCAGCCGGCGGCACCACAAAAAACAUCAACACCAUGUCCGUGUUUCUGACCCUGGCAUUUGUCUACGAAAAGACGCGCAACCCCAUCUACCUCCCGUGGCUGGAGGCAUGGGCAGAGUGGGCAUACCACGACCUGGGCCGCACGCGCUUCGGCGGCAUGCAGCACACCACCUACAACAUGAUGAACGACGAGCAGCUGUGGGACGACACGCUGAUGAUGACGGUGGUGCCGCUGGCCAAGAUCGGCUUGGUGCUCGACAGGCCGCACUACGUGGCCGAGGCCAAGCGGCAGUUCCUCAUCCACCUCAAGUACCUCUUCGACACUCGGACCGGCCUCUUCUUCCACGGCUGGACCUUUGAGGACGGCGGGCACAACUUUGCACGCGCGCUGUGGGCGAGGGGCAACAGCUGGCUGACCAUCGUGAUCCCCGAGUUCAUCGAGCUGCUGGACCUGGAGCGCACCGACCCGCCGCUCUACCACCACCUCCGUGACUCCCUCCUGGCGCAGUGCGAGGCCCUCGUGCCGCUGCAGCACCCCGAGACGGGCCUGUGGAGGACGCUGCUCGACGUCCCCGAGGCCGAGGGUUCCUACCCCGAGUCGAGCGCCACGGCGGGUUUUGCGUUUGGGAUGCUCAAGGCCCAGCGGAAAAAGUACAUUGCGGGCACGGCCUUCGAGGCCCCUGCCGUGUUGGCCUUGAAGGGUGUGCUGGCCAACAUUGACGAGAGGGGUGAGCUGAUGAACACGUCGUUCGGGACGGCCAUGGGUCAUGAUUUGCAGCAUUACAAGGACAUACCUAUCACGAGCAUGCCGUAUGGUCAGGCGAUGGCUAUCAUGGCCUUGGUCGAGUUUUUGCGGAUAUCAUCUUCCAACGACAAACAAGGCGACGAAAUCAAAAAUGAGGAACCUUCAAGCGUCCCGGAGACCAUAUAUUACGUGGAGGACGGCGUGUACGUCGCUGCCAGCGACCGAAAUAUCAUGUUUUCCGGAGAGUGUGCGGCAGUCAAGGCGUUCAUGAUUCGUUUCUUUGCCAAAUAUGAUGACGACAUUCAAUGGGAUGUGAAGGUGAGCUGGGAACCACUCGACGCCAGUUGCAGAGAUGGCAAUGAAGCCUCUAGCUCGGGCACGCAGAUGGAAUAA